ACUAACGUUUAUGUUUCACCAUCACGUCACUGAAGUUUAUUUUUAACUCAGUUAUAUUAUUGAUUUUGUAUUGAUUAUUGAUUUUGUAAUGAUUUCCUUUUUAAACAUGGUAACCUCUGACCCCGGAAGCGGAAGUUGUUAUGACCAGCUAGCAGCAGCAGCAGCUAAUGGUUCAUAACAAAGACACGACGGGCUGAUUAUUGAUAGUUAAUUAUCGAUCAGGUUAUUGGUUUACAGUCAUCGAACAGUUUUACUCGGAAGGAUGUCUGAGGAGCAGACGGUGUCUCUGGUUGAUGUUCUGAAGGAAGAUGAAGAGUUGGAGGAAGAAGCUUCAGCAGUGUUGGCAGGAAGUGAUUCUGAUCACUGCUCAUACCCUCAGGGCUAUGUGAAGCGUCAGGCUCUGUAUGCCUGUAACAGCUGCAGACCAAAGGGAGGAGAAGCAGCAGGAGUCUGUCUGGCCUGCUCAUACAAAUGUCACGAAGGUCAUGACCUCUUUGAACUCUACACCAAGAGGAACUUCCGCUGUGACUGUGGAAACAGGAAGUUCACAGAGUUGCAGUGUAAACUCCACCCUGAGAAGGAGGAGGUCAACCGUCUGAACAAAUACAGUCAUAACUUCUUUGGAGUUUAUUGUACCUGCAGCCGGCCUUACCCAGACCCAGAGGACCAGGUGGAGGACGAGAUGAUUCAGUGUGUGGUGUGUGAGGACUGGCUUCAUGGCCGGGUGAGUAAGAGGUUUCAGUAUAAAAGCUUCACCCGGUGUUCCAUAUAUAUAGUGUGUGUGUGUGUGUGUGUGUGUGUGUGUGUGUGUGUGUAUACACACAGU